AUGGACAAGUGGGCGCCGCUGGCUCCCACGCCGCGCUUCACCCUCGCCGCCGCGCGCUCGUCGGCAGGCCAGUAUGCGCGCGCCUCGCUCUCCCUGCCCGGCCUCGAGGGCGACGACGAGGCGCCCGGCGCAGGCGGCGGCAGCAGCAGCAGCAGCAGCACUCGCCGCCGCCGCGACACGGCCGAGCCGCUCGUCGGCCGCCUGCCCGUCUCCGUCGUGCGCCGCAUUCUCGCACACCUGCCCCUCGCCGAUCUGCCCAGCUGUGCCCUGGCCGCGCGCGCCUUGGCGCGCGUCGUCGCCGCAGAAGAGACGUGGCGGCCGCGCCUCGAGGCGCUGGACUGGGUCAUGGCGCCCGGCAGUGCGCCGCCCGCGCUGCCCGACAACGCAGCAGAGAUGGCGCCGCGCUAUCUGGGCCGCAGACGCCUGCGCUCGCCCGCUGAAGAAGCGGCGCUGCUCAAGGCGCCCACGAGCGCCACUCCUGCCACCGCAACCAGUGCGGCCGAGGACGACUUUGGCGACUUCAAGACCAGCGCCGCAUCGCCCGUCGACGACGACGCCUUUGGAGACUUCACCUCUGCUCCUCCCGCUCGCGUCCCAGGCGGCUCGCUAGCCGCAGGCCUCGCCAGCGUCGCACGUCCCGCUGCAGGCCACGCUUCGCCGGUCAAGUCACGCGCUGCCACCGCACUCUUCAGCUACGCCGCCGAAGUCUCCCUGCCGCUGGCAGCAAAGGCCAGUCCUUCCUUCGUGACGCUUCGAGCGCUCGUGGCUUCGCUUCGAGCACCACUACGCUCCCUGCCCGCCAGUGGCAGUCUAGGCGCCGAACUGCCCCUCGCGGCACAAGGUGCACUCGUGGCCAACUGUCUGCGCUACUUCUCCGCCGACGUCGGCGGCGGCUCAAGACGCCCUUCCGCCUCGCUUGCCACGCUGCUCCCACUCGUGCAAGGCGUGGCUCGCGAAGUGGCCGCCGCGUCUCUGAGUGCCUUCAAGAGCAGCAUGGCGAGAAGAGAGGAUGCAUUGAGAGCAGCCAGUCAUGGUGCAGACACGGCGAGAGCGACGAGAAGAGCGGAGGACGGCAUGAGAAGCAGCGCGGAUGUGGCGUGGGAGGUGGGCAAGGCGUUGGGCGAUGGCAAGGGAGCUUCAGGAUCGGCAAAGGCCUUCUUGAAAAGUCGCAAGGUGCUAGGUCUGGCAAGGAAGCACGACGCCACGGCCAACGUGGUCACAAAAGCAGACGGCGCAUCGCUGGACUUCACAGCGAUGGACACAUUCAUGGUUGAGCUUCUGGCCGUCGUCGCUGCCGACGGCGAGAUCAUCUCGCGCGUCUUUCCUCCGACGCAGGAUGUGCUGAUCCAGUAUGCCGAGCGUGUCGCGACUGAGGUGAUCGGCGAGUACAUUUCCCCACUGCUCCUCAAAGCCAAGUCCCUCUCCUCGCAUCUCUAUCUGCGUUCCUGCGCCGCCACAUUCACGCAGUCGCUGCGUCUUGCCGACGCGCUCAUGGCCGUCAAGGGCCGCGAUGAGGAGACGGUGAAGCAGACGCGCUGCGAAGACGUCGUGUAUCGCAUGUGGGAGGCCAAUAUGGACGAGUAUCUGGCAAGGGAGAGAGAGUGGGUCAAAGGAGAGAUGAAUGCGAUUGCGCAGGCGUGGGAGAAUGACCUCGAAAACGAGACGGCUCGCUCAAAGGGAGAUGCAGCCUUUCUCGCCUCGCACAAUCCCGCAGCCGUCAAGCGCUCCGUGCUCUCGGGCUUCAAAGACGUGCUUCUGCUGCCCGUCACCGUCGUGCCGCGCACCGCCGUGUACGUCGGCGGCGCCGUCGGCGGAGCUGCAGUGCGCACUGCCGGUGCGCUCAAUCCGCUGCGCUGGCAGGGCAGUAGCGCGACUGCGCCAGCGCCACUCGGCGCCGCGGGCGAGUAUCUGGAUCCAAGCGCCAGCACGGCCGAUGCCGAUGCGGCGCCAGAUGGACCCGCUACAUGGAACGCAGGCGAGGAAGAAGAAGAGGAGGAGGAGGAGGAGGCCAACGAUGCAUCGCGGGCGAAGGCGAUGAACGAUCGAGAUGAGUGGGGCGCAGAAGUCGAGGCUUGGAGCGCAGUCGCCAGUGCUCGUCCGGAGGCGCCGCCUUCGGGCAAGGGCAAGUCGCCCGCCGGACUCAGCGCCGCAAUGCGCGCCACGACACUCGGGCCUUCCGACGGUCUCUCCGGUCGUCAAACGCCUGGCUCCUCUGUGCCCUCGCGCACCGGCACGCCGCAGCCGGGACGCGACAGGGCGAGCGGCGCCUCGUCGGGCUUCACGCGCAUGCAGCUGCUUCUCAGCCUCGACACGGCCCUGCAGCUGAUCCACGUCAAUCGCGACUGCCUGAAGCGCAUCGAGACGUUUGCCGGCUAUCCGGGCGACUAUGGGCAUCGCGUGCAGCAGGAGAUUGAGCACAUUGCCACGGCCUUCCUGCAGGUGCUGGGCGAGGCACACAUCCAGCCGGGCUUUGCAAAGGCCAUUGCGCAGAUUCGACAGUGGACGCCUGUGGCGGGUGGCGCCAAGGACGACAAGCAGCACGUGCUGCCUCUGGUGCACUUCUUCGAGCUCGUCCACGUCGGCGACACGAUUCAGCAGAUGGUGCAGGUCUACUUUGACCAAGAGCUGGCGCGGCACAUUGACCGCACCGACUUUCUCAACUCGACGGUGCGCGAGAAGAAGCGCUUCGAAGGCGCGCUCGACGAGGUCGUGGCGCGCGGAUUCAACGCCGGCAUCGAUCUGCUCAUGGGCCAGGUCGAACACAUCAUCACGACGCGCCAGGCCGCAAGAGACUUUACGCCGGAGCCGGGCACGGACAUCGACCUGGGCCCGACGACGGCAUGUACGGAGGCCAUCGAGUGCUUGCGCACGCACUGUCGCAUGCUCGUCGGCGCCACGGACAAGAAUGUGCUCGAGGUCUUCAAUCUCGAGGUGGGCCUGCGCCUGCACGCCAUGCUCACAAAGCAUCUGAAGCGUCAGAUCAUCUCGCUCGAGGGCGGCUGGAAGGUCAUUGCCGAUCUCAACGCCUAUCGAGCCUUUGCGGUGACGCUGCGCCAGGCGAGUGUGACGCCGUACUUCGAUGCGCUCAAGAUGCUCGGCAACCUGUACAUCGUCGACAAUCCAAAGGAACUUGCGACGAUGGUGCGCGACGCCACCGACUUUGGCGGCCUGAUCAGUCCGGAGGAUCUGUAUGAGUAUCUCAAGUCCCGUUCUGACUUCAAGGCAAUCGAGGCGAGCAUCGACAAGGAGAUGUACGGCUUCAAGAUCCGCGAAGACUGCGUGAUUGCGUGA